AUGCCUUUCCUGCAUGGCUUCCGCAGGAUCAUCUUCGAGUAUCAGCCCCUGGUAGACGAGAUCUUGGGGGUGCUGGUGAUCCAGGAUGCGGAAGGGCAGAGUGCCCUUGAGAGCCCUGCCUGUCUGGGCAGUGACAGGAGCCAGCUCUCAGCUGUGAGACGAGUCUUAGAGAGGGAGACCCACUCCCCGUUUUAUCAGGAAGGCGUGAGCUAUGCCCUGCUGAAGGUCAUCGAGCUGGGGCUCGUCCCUGCUGCAGAAAUCCUCCUGGAGUUUGGAGCUGACCUCAGCUUUGAAGAUCCAGUCACUUACUACACCCCCCUCCACAUUGCAGUGCUCCGCAACCAGCCAGACAUGGUGGAGCUCCUGGUGCGCCAUGGGGCCGACAUCAACCGCAGAGACCGGAUCCAUGAGAGCAGUCCCCUUGACCUGGCCAGCGAGGAGCCCGAGAGGCUGCCAUGCCUUCAGCGGCUGCUUCAGCUGGGGGCUGAUGUUAACGCAGCUGACAAAAACGGAAAGACAGUGCUCCUGCACGCCCUGGCCAGCAGUGACGGUGUCCAGAUCCGCAACACCGAAAGCAUCCGUCUCCUGUUGGAAGGAGGUGCAAACGUCAGGGCCACCACCAAAGAUGGUGACACUGUCUUCACCUACGUCAUUUUCCUGCUGGGUGAGAUGGUGUGCAGCAACACCGAGGAGGCGCAGGUGAUCAGUCGGUUCUGCUUUCGUGUCACACAGCUGCUGCUGGCUCACGGUGCCAACCCCAGCGAGUGCCCAGCCCCUGAGUCCCUCACGCACCUCUGCUUCAAAAGCUUCAAACGCCACUUCCCACUGCUGCGCUUCUUGCUGGAGUCAGGUGCUGCCUACAACUGCUCCCUCCACGGUCCCUCAUGCUGGUCGGGCUUUCACAUCGUCUUCGAGUGCCUCUGCUCGCACCUCAGUGUCUCUGAAGAUGACAGCUUCUCUACAGACCUCAUCCAGAAGGGUCAGACUCUGCUGGAGCUCAUGAUGGCCAGUUCACAAGCCAUCAAGCUGCCCAGCAACUUUGAGGUCAACACCAGCAGCUGUAGGUACCACGGGGAAAAGGUCAGGACUCUCUUCUGCUCUCUGAAGCAGCUGGAGCGCUCCCCACAGGCGUUGAAACAUCUCUGCAGGGUGUUUAUCCGGCAGCGCCUUAAACCAUGGCCAGUAGAUGUCAAAAUCAAGGCUCUACCUCUUCCAGACAGGCUGAAGUGGUACCUCCUCAUCGACCACACUGCUGCAGGGCAUGAGGACCUCUGA